AUGUCCGACGGCCAAAUGACGAGUCAACUGAGUGUGCAACAGCAGGAACAGCAGCCGCUGCUGUCAGCCAUCUCCGGAAAUAAUUAUGCUCAAACGCAGCGUGUGCAUUACUAUCCCAACCACUACGGCCCGAGUCACUACUUGCCGGGCCAUUACCACCAAGGACACCAAGGAUACCCAGGAUACCCAGGAUACCAGGGGCAGCAGGGCAGCAGACCACCGCUCCUGGCGGCCGCCAGCAGCCACAACGGUGCUUAUGCGGCCACGGCGGCUGGCAGCGGACACUCCGGCUACGGCGGCAUCGAGCCAUCCGUGGAGUACGAGCUGGACCAUGACCCCACCUCCUUCCAUCCCAGCAGUGCGGGCAGUGGGCCCGCAUAUCCAUCUGCCCACCAUGCGCCUGCUGGGCCACCGCCACCUCCGCCGCCUCCGUCCACCAAGUCGUCAAAGAAAUCGAAGAAGAGCAACGGCUCGGUGAUGAACGCACUGACGCUGCUCUCGUUCUUCUUCUUCGUGAACAUGCUGCAGAACUGCCUGAAGGAUCACAUGGCGGACAUGAAUCCCACCGUGAUGGUGCUCACGGCCAGCGGCACUCGCAACCGUUUCAACAAAUUAGCCGAGAUGAACUCACGCGAACAGACCUCCACCACGGCCACCGAAUCGGUAACAGCAGCGGCAGCAGCAUCAUCUUGGAAUCAUCAGGCGGCUGCUUUAGUUCCGGCCGUGGAGCCCAGUGUGCCGCCCUCCAUUGUUGCGCCCACGGUGGUGCUGCAAUCGCCCUACGGCGGUCACCACACGGAGAUGGCUAAUAAUCAGAGACCACCACACCACCGCCGGCCAACGGAGUACCAGUCGCACCACCCUCAGCAAAAGCCCCACCAUGAUGAUUAUGAUGAUGUUUAUAAUUACCACGGGCAGCGCAGACCACCGCCUCAGACCUUCUCCACCAGCAGCAAUGACGCCGAUUUCUAUCCUAAUCGCACACACAUCGACCACUCGUCCCGGCCCGACUUUGAAUCGGACUCCAACUCGAACUCGGACGCGGGCGCCGAUUACUAUCAGCACCACUACAACCCGUAUGCCGGUAUACAGCCGAGCAGCCACCGGCGGCAUCCUUGGUCUUAUGGCAGGCAGCGUUACUCAUCCGCACCGUGGUCUUCAGCUUCGUUGGGCGCUCAGUCGGGCGUGAGCUCUUACUUGGAUAAUGCCCAGCGCCGGCAAGGUGAUGAUGAUGACGAUGCUCAUGGUUAUGGCAAUGGCUAUGGCUAUGGCCACAGGGAUACGAAUAGGAAUAGGAAUAGGAAUAGGAAUGGGGAUGGAAAUAGGGACAGGAAUGGGAAUGCAGAUGCGUACUGGGAUGAGGAUGAGGAUGAUGAUGAUGAGGAUGGUCAGCAGCGGCGACACAGCGAUGCUUUCUAUACUCGCACACGCAUUAAUUGA